AUGACCCGUUUUCUGGAAUUAGUUUCAGUCUCAGGGUCGUCGUCGGGUGUCCGAUUUGGGACGUCGAGGGCUUUUUCUCCGGCCAAAAACAAGCUUUGGGCUGUGAAUUCCGCCGGAGAGCAAACAACAACAACAACAACAACCAACACACCCAAAGCUCAAGCAGUCAAGAAGGACAAGAUGACCAUCACCGACAACCACCCUGCUCAAACGGUCCUCCUCAUCGGCUCACCUCGGUCGAUCAAGGACGGAACAUACACCGAGCUGAUCACUCGCUUCGACAACCAAGGCCCAUCGACAAUCAUCGAAAAACAGCUCUGUGACCGGAUCUCUGAUGGUGCUACAAGUUUAUCACAGUCGCACUUCGAUGCCAUCCAUCUGGUUGUCGAUGCAAAUGAUUUAUCGCUGGCCAAUUCAUCCCAUUCGCCAGCAAGUUUCCUCGACUUGAUUGUCAGGGCGCUCAAGCCUCUCGGCCAGCUGACAUGGUCCACCCAAUCGGGCCUCAGCGAGAUCGAAUCCACACUCAAACAAUCCUCGGUGAUGGCCGACGUUCAAGUUGUUUCUGGUCCUAAUGAAUCCCAGCUCGUCAGAGCGACCAAAUCUGCUUCCACUACCUCCAACUCAGUCUUGAUCAGCCUACCCAAAAAGUCCAUCAAAGCAUCCCUAUGGUCUUUCACAACAGCUCAGCCAGAAAUGAUUGACGACUCGAGUCUGUUGACUGAAGAAGAUCUGAAGAAGCCAAGCACAAUGACUACCGAAGAUUGUAACCCGAAGAAAGCUAAGAAGGCCUGCAAGAACUGCACCUGUGGAUUGCGCGAGUUGGAGCUUGCACAGGACAACGAUCUCCCCGCUCAUCUUAAAGCUCCGGGCUCUGAGCUUCCUUCUCAGCCUACUGACCCCUCCAAACUAGUCGUCAAUGGAUCCGCCAAAACUUUCACAAGUAGUUGUGGUAGCUGUUAUUUGGGAGACGCCUUUCGGUGUUCCAGCUGUCCUUAUCUCGGUAUGCCUGCGUUCGAACCCGGCCAACAAGUCAAAUUGACCGCGGAGAUGGGAGAUGACAUCCAGAUUUAAAACCUACCAUAGUGUGAUUACUUGCUAUGGGUUGUGUCUGUUUUACUGUGUCCCUGUUUUCUUUUCUUCGUCCCGAUAAACAAUAGAGUCUCACUCGAAGGUACUCUCUUCCAUUCCCCACCCCAUCGGUCCCUUCGUUAUGUGCAACUGGUCUCUUUCACUUGACCUGACUCGUUUAAACACUACCCCGCAAAAAAUCAUCACUUUCAAAAAAAAAAAAACAUCUCCAUGGCUCGGACUUCCCAGUUUUGUUGUUCCCAUCGACAAUCAAUCAAUCUAUCGAUUCAUUCAUCUCGGAAUCAUCUCUAUGUACCCCGUUUUCCUUUUCAUCGCUCUUACUGCAGUUUGUAUACAUCCACAUACUACUACUUUCUUUACUUUU